AACACUAUAGCUGUCAAAUUCUUUUCUACUCACGCCAUUUCUGGUGCACGUGUAUUAUUUACGAAAUUGCUCGAUAUUUAAACUAAAAUGGAUAAGCCAAACGUUCUUGCUCGUGUUGUCAAGGUUUUGGGCCGUACCGGAUCCCAGGGACAAUGUACCCAGGUGAAGGUAGAGUUCAUCGGAGAAACUAGCCGUCAGAUCAUAAGAAAUGUGAAAGGACCAGUGCGUGAUGGUGACAUCCUGACUCUUCUCGAGUCUGAGCGUGAAGCCAGAAGACUGCGAUAAACGGUUGUGGCUAGCUGCUGAUUAGAUUAAGGCUCUUACCAUCUAUCCAAUUAUUAUCAGAUGGGGCCUAACAGGACUGAUGCCGAUACGGAGCCACGAAGGACCUAACGGGUUGCCGGGCCUCCGGCUCAAAGUGCAGGAGUAGGAACGGGGUGUUUUAAGUCAGUAAGAGUGUGACACUCCCUCUCGUCUCACCCGUGCGGGAGGUUAACUUAAAGAAACCGUCAAAGAUGACCAUCUCAUUGUACUGACACAUAAUAAACAACUUACCGGUGUA